AUGGCCGACAAGCUUCGCACCCUCCAGAACCUCGAGGCCCUACAGGCCCGUUACAUUGGUACCGGUCACGCCGACACGACCAAGUACGAGUGGUUGUCCAACAUCAAGCGCGACAGCUGUGCUUCCUACAUCGGUCAUAACCCGCUGCUCUCUUAUAUGGCCGUUGGAAUGGGCGAACCCAAGGAGAAGGUUCGCACAAAGAUGCUGGAGAAGAUGGUUAGGGGCGCUGGUAACCCACCAGAGACUCAAGAAUAA